ACGACGCCGUAUAACAAACAAAACGCAGGCUCGCGUCACCGUUUUUGGUUGUCUGCUUUGGAAACGCCAGUCUCGUAUGUCUGGACCCUAGGUCUGACCCAAACGUUUUCACGAAAUUCACCGGAUCCUCGGAGCUGGGAAGAGAAGAAGUUGGAAAGUUUUUGACUCGGAGAAUUAGAUAUGUCAAGAGAGAUGGGGUUGUCGAUCCAUAUCUUUUCUUUGGUUCUGCUAUUUUCUCUAGUACCUUUUGGCUUCACAAAAGAGGAACUGAGCUCAAGGGAGUGCGAGGAUCUGGGUUUUUCAGGGCUUGCUCUGUGCUCCGAUUGUAACACUCUUGCUGAGUAUGUUAAGGACCAAGAUUUGGUAUCAGACUGUUUGAAGUGUUGCACCGAGGAUUCUGAUGAUUCCAUGAGCAAGAUUACCUAUUCUGGUGCUGUUCUGGAGGUCUGCAUGAGGAAACUUGUUUUCUAUCCUGAAAUUGUGGGCUUCAUUGAAGAAGAGAAGGAUCAGUUCCCUUCUGUUAAAGUUCAAUAUAUUUUCAAUUCUCCACCGAAGCUGAUCAUGCUGGACAAUGCAGGACAACACACGGAAACCAUAAGGAUUGACAAUUGGAAACGUGAACAUAUACUGCAAUUCUUGCGAGAGAAAGUUAAGCCCACAUCAGCAAACUGAGUGGUUUAUUUUUGUUGUGUGUUUUUACUCAGGUCUGUAUCAUAAUAAUUUCAAACUUCCGGGGACCCAUUUUUGCAUAAUUUAUGACAGAAGAAUGGAAACAACUUAUUUUCA